UGUCAACAGAUCUGGCAAGACAUCUGCCAAGUUCAAGGUAAAGAUCCAAGUGUGGAAAGCACACAAAAUCUUUCACAUGAUAUAGAAACAUUUGAGAAUAUUCCAGAAAUCCGGGACAUGGUUGAGAUGCCAAAGUGUGAACGCAAUGCACUUGAAAAAAUUGCAAAUUUGCUGAUUUCUGUUUUUGACACUCCAAAGUAUGUGAGAAAGCUGGCUCUGAUGUUGGAAAAUGAGGAUUAUAUUAAAAAAUUACUGAAGCUGUUCCACACUUGUGAGAACCAGCAGGACACUGAAGGCUUACACUAUCUGUAUACCAUUGUUAGGGGAAUCUUGUUCCUCAAUAAGAUUUCUCUGUUUAACAUCAUGUUUUCAGACGAGUGUAUCAUGGAUGUGGUAGGGUGCCUUGAAUACAAUCCUGAUUUGGCUCAGCCAAUACGGCACAGAGAAUUCUUGACUCAAACUGUCAAGUUCAAGGAAGUUAUCCCAAUAACACACUUUGAACUUAGGCAGAAAAUACACCAGACCUACAGAAUACAGUAUAUUAAUGACAUUCUGUUGCCUACACCAUGCAUAUUUGAAGAAAAUCUUCUUUCUGAUCUAAAAAGCUUUAUUUUUUUCAACAAAAUGGAGAUAGUUACCAUGCUGCAAGAAGAUGAAAGGUUUUUGUCUGAUGUUUUAGCACAGUUACAAGAUGACACUAUAGAUGUCGAUAGACGGCGUGAUUUGUUCUUGUUUUUCAAGGAAUUCUGUGCAUUUUCCCACACAUUAGAGUCUGAGAAGAAGGACGCCUUGUUGAAAAUAUUGAUAAAUCUUGGGAUCAUGCCACUUCUUAAAGCUGUACUACGCAUGCAUGACUGUCAAAUAAGGGUAGCUGCUAUAGAUAUAUUUAGCUAUCUAGUAGAAUAUAGCCCAUACCUGGUCCAAGCAUACACAGUGGAAGACGUUCAGGAAUGUGAAGAUGAUGACAGUCUUCUCAUUAAUAUAAUAAUUGAACAAAUGAUUUGUGAUACUGAUGAUGAGUUUUCACGUGCCAUCAAUUUGGAACAAGUUCUUCAUUCUCUAUUUGACCCAGCAAACAUGCUUACAGCACCUAAUGAAAGGCAAGGAAAUGAUUUUCUAAAUUUCUUCUAUGUACGUAGCAUGCAUAAGUUGGCAGCUCCACUUUUGUCUAUUGAAGCACAAGAUAAUGGUGAAGACAAUUUGAUAUUGAAGAAUGACAGGGGGGAAAUUUUCCCUGAUAAUUAUCAAUCUGCGGAGCUGCUCGGUUUAAUUUUAGAACUACUCACAUUUUGUGUACAGCAUCACACAUUCUAUAUUAGGAAAUUUAUUUUGACCAAAAAUUUGCUCAAAAGUGUUUUGGUGCUGAUGACCUCAAAGCACACUUUUCUGGUCUUGGGUGCUCUACGGUUUAUGAGGAAAAUAAUUGGCCUUAAAAAUGAAUGUUAUUAUCGUUACAUAAUCAAAAACAAUCUUUUUAAACCUGUUGUAAGGGCUUUUGUCCUUAAUGGAAGUCGGUACAAUAUGUUAAAUUCAGCUAUUAUUGAGCUAUUUGAAUUCAUAAGAAUGGAAAACAUCAAGACUCUUAUUGUACACGUUGUUGAAAAUUUUCAUGCGGCUUUUGAAACAACUGAGUAUGUUCAGACAUUUAAACGUUUGAAGAUUAUGUGUGAAGAAGAAAAGGAAGCACAAAUUAAAGCAAGGAAUUUAUAUCUUAUGAAAUGCCAGAAAGUGGAUUGCAGAUUUAUUAAAGACACAGAAAUGAAAGUCAAAGAAGAAAUAUGUAUUAAGGAAAAUAUAACAGAAGUAGUUACUGAAUCAUCAGAAAGUGACAUUCUAAGUCAUCGUGAUCUGUUUCUGCAAACUGAAGGGGAGAAAGAAAAUGAAGAUACAGCAGAACAACCAGAAAGAAUAUCAUCUGAUGUCCUCAGGUCUUCUUCAUCUCAUUCCAGUGAUGACGCUAAUAGAAUGAGUAGGCCACACUGUAGCAGUAAUGUUGCUUUAGUGGAUUAUUCAGAUGAUGAUGAUGAU